AUGCGGAUGCUGGUGAUGUUGCUGCUGCCGCCACCCCUGAUGGUGGUGGUGUGGAAUCAUGGCCUCUCUCCUUCCGUUGCAGGGUCAGCCUCUCAGGACCACCUGGACCUCACAGAGCUCAUUGGUGUCCCAUUACCCUCGUCUGUGUCCUUUGUCACCGGCUAUGGUGGUUUCCCGGCUUACAGCUUCGGGCCUGGGGCCAACGUCGGCCGCCCAGCCAGGACCCUCAUCCCAUCGACCUUCUUCAGGGAUUUCGCCAUCGGUGUGGCAGUGAAGCCCAGUAGUGCCCAAGGGGGCGUGCUUUUCGCUGUUACCGAUGCUUUCCAGAAAGUCAUCUACCUGGGCCUGCGGCUUUCCCCUGUGGAGGACGGCCGCCAGCGGGUUAUCCUCUACUACACGGAACCCGGCUCCCACGUGUCCCAGGAGGCUGCUGCUUUCUCGGUGCCCGUAAUGACCAACAGGUGGAAUCGCUUUGCUGUGACCGUCCAGGGAGAGGAAGCGGUCCUUUUCAUGGACUGUGAGGAACACAGCCAAGUCCUUUUCCAGCGAUCUUCCCGGCCGCUGACUUUUGAGCCCAGUGCCGGGGUCUUUGUGGGCAACGCAGGAGCCACCGGCCUGGAGAGAUUUACGGGCUCCAUACAACAGCUCAUCAUCUAUUCAGACCCCAGGACCCCUGAGGAGCUGUGUGAAGCACAAGAGUCCUCGGCAUCUGGAGAAGCCAGUGGGUUUCAGGAGAUGGAUGAAGUUGCUGAAAUCAUGGAAGCCGUCACUUACACACAAGCCCCGCCGAAAGAAGCACACGUUGACCCCAUAAGCAUGCCCCCUACUUCAUCCUCUCCUACCGAGGACACAGAGCUUUCUGGGGAACCGGUUCCAGAAGGAACCCCAGGAACUGACCUGAGCAUCAUUGGACACAGCAGCCCUGAGCAAGGGUCUGGUGAAAUCCUGAAUGAUACCCUGGAGGUCCAUACUGUGGAUGGGGACCCCAGUACUGAUGAUGGUUCGGGGGAUGGGGCCUUGUUGAACGUCACUGAUGGUCAGGGGUUAUCAGCAACAGCAACUGGGGAGGUCAGGGUGCCUGUCACCACUGCCCUGGAAGUAGAGAAUGGCAGUAUGCCCACUGGGAGCCCCACCCUGGCCAUGUUUACCCAGAGCUUCAGGGAAGUAGACAUGCUGGAUCUAGAAAAUCUAACAACAGCAUCAGGGGAUGGCGAGGUGCCCACCAGCACUGAUGUGGACACAGAGGCUGGCACUUUGCCCACUGGAGGGCCAACCCUGAAGCCAAGAGAAGAGGCCACUCUGGGUUCACUCGGUGAAGAAUGGUCAACCACGGCUGUGUCCAAAGUGCCCCUCAAUGCCUUUGAGGAAGAGGAAGCCAGCGGGACUGCCAUCGACAGCCUGGAUGCCUUCACACCCACAGUGGUCCUUGAGCAAGCCAGCGGGAUCCCUACAGACAUUCAGGCUACUCUCACCACCACAGGGGCCCCUGAGCAAGUGUUUACUGCUGCACCCACAAAUGGAGAAGACCUGGUGACUUCUACAGAGGAAUCUGACGAGGAGGGAUCUGGUAGCACCCUCCCCAUAGGGCCCCCGCUCUCCAAUCCCACAGUGACUCCAGAGAGGCAGGUUACCCUGGCAGGAGUGGAGGCUGAGGGGUCAAGCCCUGUUUGGGGCGUGGACGUGGGCUCAGGCUCUGGAGACAUUGUGGGCAAUGAGGAUCUGUUGAGAGGUCCUCCGGGUCCCCCAGGCCCACCGGGAUCACCUGGGAUUCCAGGGAAACCAGGAACUGAUGUUUUCGUGGGACCUCCUGGGUCUCCUGGAGAGGAUGGAGCUCCUGGUGAGCCAGGACCCCAGGGCCCUGAGGGACAGCCUGGACUUGAUGGAGCCUCUGGCCAGCCUGGAAUGAAAGGAGAGAAGGGAGCAAGAGGACCUAACGGCUCCGUUGGCGAGAAGGGCGACCCUGGCAGCCGAGGCUUACCAGGGCCCCCAGGGAAGAACGGAGAAGUUGGUAUCCCUGGGGCCAUGGGACCGCCGGGGCCUCCUGGACCCCCUGGGCCUCCAGGCCCGGGAUGUACAACCGAGCUUGGAUUUGAGAUUGAAGGCUCUGGGGACAUCCAGCUGCUGAACAAACCCAGAAUCUCGGGACCCUUCUCUCCAAGUGGUCCCAAAGGAGAAAAAGGAGAACAAGGAGCCAAGGGUGAACGGGGGACAGACGGAAUCAGCACUAUGGGGCCUCCUGGGCCCAGGGGGCCACCUGGACGUGUUGAGGUCCUGUCCAGUUCUUUGAUCAACAUCACCAAUGGAUCCAUGAAUUUCUCAGACAUUCCUGAGCUCAUGGGGCCUCCGGGGCCAGACGGUGUGCCGGGGCUGCCAGGGUUUCCAGGCCCCAGAGGACCAAAAGGUGACACUGGUGUGCCUGGAUUCCCAGGUCUAAAAGGAGAACAGGGUGAGAAGGGAGAGCCUGGAGCCAUCUUGACUGGGGACAUCCCUCUGGAAAUGGUGAAGGGGAGAAAGGGUGAACCUGGAGUUCAUGGAGCACCAGGACCUAUGGGACCCAAAGGACCACCGGGACACAAAGGAGAAUUUGGCCUCCCAGGACGACCUGGCCGCCCAGGAUUGAAUGGCCUCAAGGGUGCCAAAGGAGACCGAGGGAUCAUGCUGCCUGGUCCACCUGGCCUACCUGGACCCCCAGGGCCCCCAGGACCCCCUGGAGCUGUGGUUAACAUCAAAGGCGCUGUUUUUCCAAUACCUGCCCGGCCGCACUGCAAAACACCAGUCGGUACCGCUCACCCUGGCGACCCAGAGCUUGUCACUUUCCACGGUGUUAAAGGAGAGAAAGGGUCCUGGGGUCUUCCUGGCACAAAAGGAGAAAAGGGGGACCAAGGAGCUCAAGGACCACCAGGCCCUCCAGUGGACCCCGCUUACCUGAGACAUUUUCUCAACAGCCUGAAGGGGGAGAAUGGAGAUGCUGCAAUCAGAGGAGAGUCCAGCCACAACCUCUUUGUAUCAGGGCCUCCAGGCCUACCAGGACACCCAGGCCUGGCUGGGCAGAAAGGAGAGGCUAUUGUGGGGCCUCAAGGACCCCCAGGAAUUCCAGGCCUGCCUGGGCCACCUGGCUUUGGGAGACCUGGUGUUCCGGGACCACCGGGACCCCCUGGGCCACCAGGACCUCCAGCCAUUCUGGGUGCAGCUGUGCCCCUUCCUGGCCCACCUGGCCCUCCAGGACAGCCAGGACUCCCCGGAUCCAGAAACUUGGUCACAGCGCUCAGUGACAUGGGUGACAUGCUACAGAAAGCUCACUUGGUCAUAGAAGGGACGUUCAUCUACCUGAGGGAAAGUGGGGAGUUUUUCCUUCGUGUCCGAGAUGGUUGGAAAAAGUUGCAGUUGGGAGAACUGAUCCCCAUUCCUGCUGACAGCCCCCCACCACCAGCACUUUCCAGCAAUCCGUACCAGCCACAGCCUCCACUGAACCCCAUUUUAAGUGCCAAUUACGAGAGACCUGUUCUGCACCUGGUUGCUCUCAACAUGCCGGUGGCUGGGGACAUCCGAGCAGAUUUCCAGUGUUUCCAGCAGGCCAGGGCUGCAGGACUACUCUCCACCUUCCGAGCGUUUCUGUCAUCACACUUGCAGGAUCUCUCCACAGUUGUGCGGAAGGCAGAGAGAUUCGGUCUUCCAAUUGUGAACCUCAAGGGCCAAGUGCUUUUUAACAACUGGGACUCAAUAUUUUCUGGUGAUGGAGGUCAAUUCAAUACACACAUUCCGAUAUACUCCUUUGAUGGUCGGGACGUGAUGACUGAUCCUUCCUGGCCCCAGAAGGUUGUUUGGCACGGCUCCAACCCCCACGGUGUCCGCCUUGUGGACAAGUACUGUGAAGCCUGGCGAACCACGGACAUGGCAGUAACGGGAUUUGCCUCCCCACUGAGCACAGGGAAGAUUCUGGACCAGAAAGCGUAUAGCUGUGCUAAUAGGUUAAUCGUUCUGUGCAUCGAAAACAGUUUCAUGACAGACGCUAGGAAGUGAUAACCCCCCCAUGGUUCUUAAAAGAGUAUUCUAAUAUUUCUUAUGUGAAGAGUUGACACUGAAGUCUAAAAUGUUGUAAAUAUUGCAAGUUUUUUUUUUUAUAUUACACAUCUGUCCAAAGAGAAACCAAAGAAAACAUACCUCAGUAUACUCAAAAGGAAAGACCGAAGGGACUCAGACCCAAGUCAAAUCCAGUCCACACAUUGGUGCUAGAUUCUGCGGGAAGACACACCCCCCUCCCCUUGCAGUGUGUGAACACAUCCCUGACACAGAGUAGGGCAGUCUGAAAACAGGGGCUGGCGUGGUUGCCCCGUGCGUUCUUCAGAACGUCAUUCCUUCCUUCCAACCGUGGCUGUUGAGGGUAAGAUGUCCUUUGUGUUUGCUAACAGCAUCACCUUUUAGAUAUGUGAGACAUAGCUCCCUCCCUAAGUAAUGCGUGAACCAAGCGCUUGGCGAUUCCACGCACAGUUCCGAGCAGCCAGAGAAAGAGAGCUGCUCCAAAGAUCCUGCUCAUGUUUCCUCCGAUAUCGGGAUUUAAUAUGGUCCCCUAAAAUAUUAUUGCCUUCAUGCUGUAGGGUUCUGCCUGUCUACCCAGUCGUAGUUGAGCGCAGCAUCUGUUGAUGUGAGUCUGACUUGCUGGGAAGUUAAAAUCUAGGGAAGAAGCAGCACAGAAUCCUUACCCUCCCCCAAUGCUCCCCCUUCCCAUCCCCCGCGCCCAUCUUAAGAUUUCCAUUUGACAAGUCUUGAAUUGUGACUGCAGCUGAAACAGAUUGGUUGAGAUGAAUUUUCUGAAAAGUCUGUAUCAUCGCGCUAUAGACUCCGAUAUCCUUUUCCAUGCAAGAACAUAAAGACAUCUUUUCUGGGU